AUGGCUCGCGCAGCACUCUGCCUGCUCCCCUUGGCCGCGGCCGACCUGGCGGUAUGCCCGGGCGAGGGGGCGCGCUACCAGGACUUCAAGUGCAACCACGACCCCACCCACCGAGUCUGCGCGAAGCUUCUGGAUGGCCAGGGCCAGCCAAAGGACUGGGGGAGCAAGGGCAACUUCUGGCAGAUCACCGGCCAGGAGGCUUUCCAGUGGGACGACCAGAUCCGAGAGAACCACGGGGACAGCUGGUGCAUCUGCAUGUGGGCCACUGCUCGGCUGAUCGCUACGGUGGGCUGCGAGAACGUGCAUUUGGACUGCAGAGCCACGGACGUGGCCUAUGUGGAGAAGAGCUACACCGACGGGGGGGUGGAUUUGGCGCCCGCCAAGCAGUGCCUGCAGCAGAAGUGCCCCCAAUUUGUCGGCUUGGAUGAUGCCAGCACGCCCCGUUUGGGCCAUAGCGCGCAGGCCGUCUCGACCCCGGUGCUGGCGGUGAGUGGCGCGCUGCUGUCGGCUGUGGCGCUGCUGCUGGCGUAUCGGGCGCGGCCGAAUUCGGCGCCGGCGGAGCUGUAG